AUUGAUGUUCUGCUGAAAAACUACAUGGGGAUCAUCCCACUGUGGAGUGGUUUGUUGCUUGGAGAUCUGACACGACAUGAGACACCAACAACUGGUGAAACAAACAAAACUUGCAAAACCAGAGAAACAAACUGCCAUGUGGAGCUAUGGUUUGGUUUGGUGAAACGAAACAUCCUGGGAAAGAAGAAGUACCUCAGACCAGCAGAGUUCAUCUCCAAAAUGUUUUCCUCUUUACAAGGACGAUAUGUAGAGCACAUUAUGCAGCAUGGUCUUCCAAUGAAAGUUCUUGACAAAGCCUUCACAGUUUCUAACAAACCUGUAGAUGAUCAUGAAGAGAAAUGGAAGAAGAGGGAAAGUUCUGCUGGUCAAUCUAAGUCCAAGUCCAAGUACUUCAAUCCCCCGAAGAGAAUACAAAAUCCUAAACCUUCACAACACACUAAAACAAAGAUCAAAGGAGCAGAUGCCGAUCAGCAUAAUAAAGAAUCACAGUUAACUCAGCUUUGGAAAAAGAGUGAUACAGAAGUUGUUGUUGCAGUUGUCCCUUCACAAAUUAAGGGUCGGAGCUUUGUCAUCCACCAUUCAGAGCUGUGCUCUCUUCGUCCACAUCAGUGGUUGAAUGGGGAGAUCAUUGAAAGCCUGUUUCAUGUGGCUGCCCAUGCAUCGGGAGUGGUGGACACCAUUUACAUCCUCAAUCACUACACAGCUGUGUAA